UAGGAGAAACUGUAACCUAUUCUCAAACUCUGCAAAUUAAUUAUCAUUUGCAUUAUUAAACAGGCUUGCAAGUCUCCGAUCCAUGGCGUCCACCAGCAUUCAGAGAGCCUCUUCGUCUUCUUCUUCGACACCUUUAUGGAGAUAUGAUGUUUUCCUCAGUUUUCACGGUGAAGACACCCGCAAGAGUUUUACCGACCAUCUACAUACUGCUUUGAAACAGAAAGGCAUUUUCGUAUUUAGAGACGAUGAAAAGCUCAAACGAGGAAAAUAUGUUUCUGAUGAGCUGUUAAAAGCAAUACAAGAAUCCAUGUAUGGGAUUGCCGUUAUCUCUACAAACUACGCCUCCUCUAGAUGGUGCCUGAUUGAACUUGCCAAGAUGGUCAAAUGCAUGACAGACACGGGGCUAAUCAUUUUGCCCAUUUUCUACCACGUGGAUCCUUCCCACGUACGAAACCAGACGGGGAGUUUUGCAGAAGCUUUUGCAAGGCAUGAAAAAGAUUCUAAGGUUGACAUCGAGAUGAUGCAAAAGUGGAAAUCUGCUUUGACAGAAGUGGGCAAUAUCUCCGGAUGGCAUCUAUUUGAUAGUCAUGAAUCAAAAGUUGUUGAAGAAAUAAUUAGUAGAAUUAUAUUUAGAGGAAUGGUUAACUUCUCAAAUGUUUCCAAGGGUUUUGUUGGAAUAGAAUCCCGUGCGGAGGAAAUUAUGAGCAAACUUUGUAUAGGGUUGGAUGAUCUAGUUGCUUUAUUGCUAAUAUUAGAGAAGAAACUAGAACUGAUUAUGAUCUAG